AUGUCAUCACAACCAGCAAAUUCUUCCACUCUGAGUGGAGAGCAAAAGAAGGAUGAAAAUAGAGACCAUGCUACUAGUCAAUUCGAUACUUCAUUAUCUCAAAGGGAUGAUGAUUCAUCUGAUGAACUUACAAAUUCAAAUCCAGACCCUGAAGCAUUUGUUGGUCAUAAGGAAUCAGAUUCCGACUCACAUCAAGCAGGUACCGAUAAUGAAGAUUUGGAAAGAGAUGCUGUAGAAACUUAUGAUCCAAUUCCAGAAGGUGGUGAUGAAUUAACUAGAUAUGAAUCAAGUGCUGCUUUAUCUAGAAGUUUAUCCAGAAGAUUAACAGGCGCUGAUAAAUUAAUUGAAGAAGCCAAUAAUACUGAUGAACCAUUACCUAAAAUGGGUGGUGAUCGUCCUUAUCCACCUGGUUUACCAGAUAGAUCUCCAUAUGCCAUCCAAUUUGAUGGACCACUUGAUCCUCUUCAUCCUCAUAAUUAUAGUCUUAUCAAAAAAAUAUUCUUCACCGCUUCUGUGGGUUUAGCUGCAUUAUCUGUUUCAAUGGGUUCAGCCUUUUUUGCUGAAAGUCAAGAAGUAAUUAUGGAAAAAUUCCAUGUUGGAGCUACUACCGCCACAUUAGGUACUUCUCUUUUCGUUUUCGGUUUUGCAUCAGGUCCUGUUAUUUGGGGUCCAUUGUGUGAAUUAUUUGGUAGAAAAACUGUAAUGGUUCCUUCUACUUUUGGUUAUGUCUGUUUCUCAUUUGCUGUUGCUACUGCUAAGGAUCUUCAAACAAUUAUGAUUUGUCGUUUCUUUGCUGGUUUUGUUGGAGCUGCUCCUUUGGUUGUUGCACCUGCUGUUAUGGCUGAUUUAUUUUCUGCCAAGGCUAGAGGUACUGCUAUUGCAGUUUUUGCUAUGGUCUUAUUCGGUGGUCCAAUGUUAGCACCAAUUUUGGGUGGUUUCACUGUAAAGAAUCCUGGUUUAGGAUGGAGAUGGACUUCUUAUUUCUGUGCAUUAAUUGGUGUUUUAUCAUUCCUCAUGAAUACUCUUGUAUUAGAAGAAACUCAUCAUGCUAUUAUCUUAACUCAAAAGGCUGAAAAAUUAAGAAGAAGAACUGGUAACUGGGGUAUUUUUGCUCCUCAUGAAGAAGUCAAUCUUUCUUUCCGUGAAAUUGUUGAAAAGAAUAUUACCAGACCAAUUGUUAUGUUAGUUACAGAACCUAUCUUAUUAUUGAUCACUAUUUAUAAUGCUUUUAUCUAUGGUAUGCUUUAUCUUUUCCUUACAGCCAUUCCUUUGAUUUUCCUUGGUAAUUAUCGUUUCAGUCAAGGUGUUGCUGAAUUACCAUAUUUAGCUAUGUUAAUUGGUAUCUUCUUUGGUGGAUUAACCAUUAUUUUCUUUGAAAAGAGAUAUAAUCGUGCUAUGGAUGCCAAUGGAGGUAAACCAGUUCCAGAAGAAAGAUUACCUCCUAUGAUGGUAGGUUCAUUCUUCUUUGCUGGUGGUAUUUUCUGGUUAGGUUGGGCUGGUGAUUAUGCUGAUCGUGUUCCUUGGAUUGUUCCAACUCUUGGAGCUGGAUUCAUUGGAUACGGUUUAAUCUUAAUUUUCUUACCAUGUCUUAACUAUAUUAUUGAUUGUUAUUUAUUCUUUGCUGCUUCAGCUUUAGCUGGUAACACUUUCUUAAGAUCUGCUUUUGGUGCUGUGUUCCCAUUAUUUGCAAGACAAAUGUUUGAAAGUAUGCAAAUCAAGUGGGCAAGUACUUUAUUAGGAUGUGUUGCAAUUGUAAUGAUUCCUGUACCUUUCUUGUUCUAUAAAUAUGGUCGUCGUUUAAGGGACAAGUCAAAAUACGCUUUUGUUUUAUAG